AAUUCCCCUUCCACGGACAGCAGAGGCUGGUUUCAUCACCUCUGUCGAAAUCCGGCUCCGAGGAGGUAUAUAAAGGCUGCAGGUACAGUAGGACAACCCAGACAUCACACACAACCACAUUUUGGAAUCAGCCGGCCGGUUCGCUUCAACAUAAAAUGGCAGCCACCAAACCCGCUCCCAAGUCCUCCUGUGCGGAAGGGGAUUGUCUGCCCGUCUGCACCCUGGAGAAGGCGAUGCAAAUUAUGGUCGACAUCUACCACCAGUAUGCGUCCCGGGAGGGCAAGGACGACCUCCUGAGCCUUAAGGAUCUGACCGAGCUUCUCAAGUGUCAGGCACCAAACUUUCUGUCCGCUUGUAACCGGAACCGCCCAGGAUACAUCCCGCAACUCUUCAAACAAGCCGACGUGGAUAACAACAAGAACCUGACUUUUGAGGAGUAUAUGAGGGUUUUUGCCCAUCUGGCGGAUGAUGCCCAUCGCAUCAGUCACGGUGAAGACCGUUGCGGCCCGGACAAGGACUGAGGACCC